AUGCAUCCUAGCCGAGCUGCCUUCCAAAGGCCUCCCCUCUCUUGGUGUGGGUUGGACACAAUUCGAGAUGUUGCUGAGAGGCAGAUUCAUUGGUGUUUAGGGAGAGGCUUUGUGGAUUUCUGGCACGACAGAUGGUUGGGAGAUGAGACUAUAGUGGAGAUGCUGGGUUUUCACAAUCCCCUGCAUAUGCUGGUUGCGGAAUUUAUUGUGCAAGACGAAUGGAAUGUCUUUUCACAACUGGAGGAUAAAAUGAUUUGGUUGCCUUCCUCCUUGGGACUCUUUAGGGUUAAAUCUGCAUGGGACCCACUUCGAUCCAAGAAGAACUCGUCUAUGGGGGUAGCCCUUCCUUCUCGGUGCCAUUGUUGCUUCUCCCAUGAGGAGUCUUUCUCUCACUUGUUCCUCACUGGCCCGGCUGCCUCUGAGGUCUGGGAUUGGGCCAGCAGGCAAUUUGGCGUACUAGACCUAAUGCACUCCUCUCUCUCUGCAAUGUUCAUGUCUUGGUUGUGCUCUAUUGGGUUGGGAUCACUGGAUCACAUUCGUACGGCUAUGCCAGCUAUAGUAAUUUGGUUUCUCUGGAAAGUGCGUAACCGAGCACGACAUGAGGGUGUGCCGUUUCAGUCGCGACAGGUCAUUCUGGACAUUGAAAGCUUUGUGGUGCAGCUCGGUCAAGCUGGAGUCCUCAUGCCUAAACAUUUCAUUAGGGACCUAGAGCAUCCGUGGGCUCCAACCAAAGGGAUACGUUCCAAGCGGUUCAAGGUUUGUGCUGUGGCCUGGUCGAGACCUCCACUCAACAUGCUGAAGCUCAACACGGAUGCUAGUGUCUUUGGUGCAAGAGCAUCAGGUGGAGGGCUAGUUCGUGACCACACAGGGCACCUGAUUUUUGCCUUUUAUAAGGAGUUUGGGGAGGUGGAUACUUUGACUGCAGAAGGCCUCUCCUUAUGGCAUGCUCUCUUGUAUUGCAAGGAAAGGAAUCUUACCGGCCUUCUCGCCGAGGUCGAUUCGGAAGUCUUAGUUCAUUUUUUGCUCUUUAGUGACACAUCCAAAUGGCCUUUGUGCUAUACCUUGCAUAGAAUACAGAGUUUGUUAGUUGAAUUGUCAUCCACUGUGCGCCAUAUUUUUAGGGAGGCGAAUAGUUGCGCAGACAAACUAGCAGGGGGAAAGCAUCCAACAGACACUGUCUUCUCCUCGGUCCAUCAACUUCCACCGACUGUUCGGGCAACCUUGCAACUGGAUCGUUGGGAGGUCCCUUUUACCCGAUCCUGGGUCGUCAAGUAG